AUGAUCCAAGGGGCUCUUAUCGAUCUGCUCGAAAUGGUUGAUAUCGAUGAUGAUCGAAAUGGUAAGUUCGAAUUUAAUAAUAAUAAAUUUAUUUAUUCAUUAAUUGUCUUUUUGUUUUAGAUUCUUAUCUGAUAUGAUCAAAAUGAUACAUUAUGGGAUAGAUAUAUAUAAGAGGGUUGAUGAAAGUUAAGGAGUUAAGUUAAGUUCGAGAGAUAGAUUAAGGCAAAGGGGAUAGAUAUAGAUAAGUUAAUAGAUUAAGGUUAAGGGAAUAGAUAUAGAUAAGUUAACAGAUUAAGGUUAAGGGGAUAGAUAUAGAUAAGUUAAUAGAUUAAGGUUAAGGGGAUAGAUAAGUUCAUAGAUUAAGGUUAAGUGGAUAGAUAAGUUAAUAGAUUAAGGUUAAGGGGAUAGAUAAGUUAAUAGAUUAAGGUUAAGUGGAUAGAUAUAGAUAAGUUAACAGAUUAAGGUUAGGGAGAUAGAUAUCGAUAAGUUAAUAGAUUAAGGUUAAAGGAUUAAGUUAAGGGGAUAGAUUAAGGUUAAAAGGUUAAGUUAAGGAGAUAUAUGUGCAAAACCACAGAGAUACAAUUAUGGUGAUUAGGAUAUCGAUUUAAUAGGAUUAUAUAAAUCUUGUAUAGCAAGUGCCAAAUAUGAAGUUUUCAAUGCAUUAUAAUGCAUUAUUAUAAAAAAAAAUGCAUUAUGAUGCGUUGAUAAAUCAAUGUAUUGCAAUGGAUUAAUUAAAAAUAAUGCAUUAUAAUGCAUGAAAUAGGUUGCAUUAUCAUGUAAUUGCAUCCAUUACAUUUCUAUUGUAAAAUAAUGCAUUGCAAUGUCCAUUAUUUCAUAAAAUCGGCUACAUGGGUAAUCGUAUUUUUGAUAUGCGACACAAUUUUUGUUUCAAUUAUAUAAGAAAUCUAUGAAUUAGUGACUAUUCAACU